AUGUCGGACAGAAAACGCAGUCCUAACUGGAAAAUUUCAGAAAAGAUGUUGCUUGUGGAUUUAGUGGCUGAAUAUUUCAGUGUAGUAGAAAAUAAGCGUACCGAUGCUGUUACUAUGAAACAGAAAAAUGCGGAGUGGGAUUGGGGAGACUACACUACAAAACUGCUGCAAACUCCAAAAUCUGCACCUCUACGGGCAGUGAGUAAGAGAGAAGAGGAUGUAGGAACUUCUCCUACUCAAAGUAAGAGUUGGAGUUUCAAGCGCAGACCGGCUCUACCAUCUUCAUCAUUAGAAGAAUACCAAAAAACAAAACAAAAAGCUACCGAAAUGCAGAUGAAUUUUGCUGCUGAAGAGAGGGCAGGCGCAAGAAAAAAUUUUGAGAUAAACAUUAAAAUCAAAAAUGAAGUUUUAAAGCAGGAGAAAAUUAAAACUAAGUUAUUAUUAUCACAAUUAAGGCGGAGAAAACUAAAAACAUUAAAAAUUUGA